GGGCGGGAAGGGGUGGCCGCUGGGGUAGGAUGGCGGCGGUCCCGGGCACGGGGGGCCCGGGCGCGGCGGGCGGCGGCGGCGGCGGCGGGGCGCGUGAGGGGGCGCGGGUGGCGGCGCUGUGCCUGCUGUGGUAUGCGCUGAGCGCGGGCGGCAACGUAGUCAACAAGGUGAUCCUGAGCGCCUUCCCGUUUCCCGUGACCGUGUCGCUGUGCCACAUCCUGGCGCUGUGCGCCGGGCUCCCACCGCUGCUGCGCGCCUGGCGCGUGCCCCCCGCGCCGCCCGUCUCGGGCUCUGGGUCCGAUCCGCACCCGUCGCCCGGCCCGCUGCUGCCGCCGCGCUUCUACCCGCGCUACGUGCUGCCCCUCGCCUUCGGCAAAUACUUCGCGUCCGUGUCGGCGCACGUCAGCAUCUGGAAGGUGCCCGUGUCCUACGCGCACACCGUCAAGGCCACCAUGCCCAUCUGGGUGGUCCUCCUGUCCCGGAUCAUCAUGAAAGAGAAGCAGAGCACAAAGGUGUACCUGUCCCUCAUCCCCAUCAUCAGCGGCGUCCUGCUGGCCACUGUCACCGAGUUGUCGUUCGAUAUGUGGGGACUCAUCAGUGCUCUUGCUGCCACACUGUGCUUCUCGCUUCAGAAUAUUUUCUCCAAAAAGGUAUUGAGAGACUCACGGAUCCACCAUCUGAGGCUGCUGAACAUCUUGGGCUGCCACGCCGUCUUCUUUAUGAUCCCCACGUGGGUCCUGGUGGACCUCUCCACUUUCCUGGUCAGCAGUGACCUGACCUAUGUGUCCCAGUGGCCCUGGACGCUCCUGCUUCUGGCUGUCAGUGGCUUCUGUAACUUUGCCCAGAACGUCAUUGCCUUCAGCAUCCUCAACCUCAUCAGCCCUCUGAGCUACUCAGUUGCCAACGCCACCAAGAGAAUCAUGGUCAUCACCGUGUCCCUGAUCAUGCUGCGGAACCCCGUCACCAGCACCAACGUCCUGGGCAUGAUGACAGCCAUCCUGGGCGUUUUCCUGUACAACAAGACCAAGUACGACGCGCAUCGGCAAGCACAGAGCAACCUUCUCCCUGUCACGGCGGGGGACCUGAGCGGUAAGGAGCACCACCGGAGCCCCCUGAAGAAGCCCCACAACGGCGUCCUCUUCCCCAGCACAAGGGACUAUCAGUAUGGCCGCAACAACACCUAA